UUCAAUACUCUGAGUCUCUGGCUGUCGCGAAGUUUAUGAAUACGUUUAUUAAACGCACUGCUGUCCAGCAUAAAUUAACAUGAUAUUUGCCCUAUAUCUACUAUGCUAAUGUGCAAAUUAUGUGAUUAAUUGUGACAAUAAGAUUGAUAUGUGCCAACGUGGAAUGUUUACACGAUGAGUUUUAAAGGAAUUUUGUGCCUUAUUCGCUGAUCUGUACUUGGUAUUAAAAGGUAAAUUUCAUAUUCAUUGCUAGAGGGAUGUUGAGUUUUCAAAGAAGAGGAACUGGUAUAUUAUUGACAUGGUGCUUUAUUGGUGUUGCUGUUCUGUAUUGUGUGUAUGUUAUAGGCAAAAGUGUUUUCAUAGUUCAUGGUGGUUACAGUGAGUGGUCAGAGUUCACAGCUUGUUCUGCAACAUGUGGAGGUGGGGCGAGGUCCCGGACACGAACGUGUACAAACCCAAUACCUAAUUAUUUUGGUCAAAACUGUUCCCGGCUUGGAGUAGCAAUAGAAACAUUGGAGUGCGGUACCAAGCCAUGUCCAAUAAAUGGCCAAUUUAGUGAAUGGCUCCCUUUUGGUCCGUGCAGUGCGUCUUGUGGUGAUGGUAUACAAUCUAGGGAACGUAUGUGUAACAAUCCUUCGCCACAGUAUGGUGGGGCGGAUUGUAAAGGCGUUGCUAAGGAGGAUAGAAAGUGCAGUAACAAACCAUGUCCAGUAAAUGGUGGUUACAGUGAUUGGGGUGCUUGGUCUUCAUGUAGUGUAACUUGUGGUAUGGGUGAGCGGGCACGGUCUCGAAAAUGUGAUAAACCCGAACCUCAACAUGGCGGCACAAGUUGUGUAAAGCAGGGCUUGGGUGGAGAUAAGGCAACCGAAAAAUGUACCACAAAACCAUGCAUAGUUACCACUAUGACUACGAAUAAUACAGUAAACAAAAAUAGCACGACCAAAUAGACUGGGAAGUAUUUCUAGCAGCAAAUAACGACCUGCAUUUGAUGUGAAUAAUGCAGUGAACAGUGGUAGUAGUCUAUAGCUGAUGUGUCCAAGCUCUAAAACCGCACACCAAACAAAAAUCACAAAAUAGACAAAAAAGUAUUAGCACCUGUUAGCACUUGAAUCUCUUACACAAGAUGAAGGCUUAGCCUUGAAUAGUAGAAUGUAAUCAAUUCUGCUCUCGACUGUUUGUGAUCUUACAGAAAACAACUAAUAUUGUGUAUCACCAAACCUCUUCACAAUGUUUUCCUCUUUGAAACAGAAACUGGUCACAAUUCAAUUAAAAAAACUUUUCUAACCAAGCAAAUUUUCAAUUGUCGUUUCUUUAAUUUCAGCACAUUGACCAGUUUUAAAAUCUUUGUUCCGCAGAGGAAAACGUUUGAAAAUGAGGUUGGUAUAUGGCAGAAGUCAGGCUUUGUUUAACGUAGUUAGGAACGCACAGCGCUAUAUAAUAUCGCUAUGAUUAUUUUAUUAAUUUCCAUGCAACUUACUGUUUAUUUAUUGUAUGCACUGAACACCUUAUUUGUAUUCUAAUACAUUCUAAUUCAAAGUUCA